AUGAACACAGGAAGAACCCAGGCGACCCCGAGCUUAGAGUCACUCCUCGGGUCUGUCUCUGUGGCCGGCUUCCCCGUUUCUAAUACCGAUUUCUCCACAACACCAAAUGCACCAGGACGCCCAACCGCAAAUACCGCCAACGUCCGGAACGCAGACCUUGAGAAUGGGGAUGUAAUACUGAUGAAGCGUCGAAUACUUGGCCACAGAAUUAUCACCGUCAACUUCGCAAUCAAUGAUUUGUAUUUUUUUUCUGAAAUAGAGAGAUUUAAUGAUUUGGUAAGUUCAGCUCACGUGCUGCAAGCCGACCGGGCAUACAAGGAGAAUGACGUGGCCCUAAUGAGGUCUAAAAUUAACAUCAUCCUAAAGCUCUACCUGCAUUCGGAAAUCCCUCCAAGGCUGAGGGUGAACAUCUCUGAAUCCCAGAAGGAUGCCAUCAUUGCUGCCAUUGCAGAGGGCCACCUAGAUCGGAACAUCUUCCAUGGAACUGUCAUGUCUCUCUUCCCUAUCAUUAUGUACUUCUGGAAAAGGUUUUGUUCCUGGAAGGCAACCCACUCUUACUUCCAGUUCAAGGGGAAGACACACAAGGAUAAAAAAACUUCUCCUAAACCCACACACAAGACUUCUCCUUGGAGUGGAGGAGACCAUGCCAUCUUAAGAUUCACCUUGCUCAGAGGUAUUGAGUGGUUUCGGCCUCAACAACGGGAGGUAAUAGCAAGUCCAGGCCAAAAUUCACCUGCUAACUUGAACAGAACCUCCAUCCCAUGCCUUCUGCUUCCUGGAAGUACCUGCUACAGAUCAUCUUAUCCCAGUAAUAAACACUCUUGUCCCAGCCACCCAUAUCUGAGCCACGCUAUAUCCUUUUUCUCCCCCAUCUUUAGCCUCAAGGAGUUAAGCCCUCUUCCAAGUAUUAAAGUUGCCUUGGGUUUGGCCUCUAAACCUGGAAUCAGAGAAGUAGAUGCAUUAUUAGCCCUGCAUUCACAUCUUAGAAACGAGAGCAUUUUUCACUUUAGCUCAGGUGGAGGGCUCACGUGGCAAGGCUACCAUCUAGUGUGCAGUAGACUUCAUUACAUCCUGAAACCAGAAAAGAAUCAGAACAGAAUUGCCCGAUGGUCACAUCCCUUAGGCUAUCAGCGUUAG